AUGUUGUGGCGCCGCCUGUUCCUCUCCGGGUCCAUUCUCCCGGCAAGUCGCCCGUCGACACGACUCGCCGCCGGUGCUUACAGCUCCUACGGCCUCAUCCCCACGGCGAACGACCAGCUCCUCAAGAACCGUAUGGUCUUACUCAUCGGUCCUAUCUCCGAUACCAAAUCCUCUGUUGUCAUUGACAAACUUCUUUUCCUUGAGUUCCAAGACACCCGAAAGCCCAUCCACCUCCACAUUGGUUCCCCCGGGGGUUCAGUCAGUGCCGUCCUUGCGAUAUAUAACACCAUUCAGUACAUCCGCUCCCGGGUCUCCACCUUCUGCAUCGGCAAUACUGAGUCCAUGGCCUCGCUACUCCUUGCGGCUGGCGCUCCAGGCGAGCGUCGCAUCUCUUCCCUUUCUUCUGUUAUGAUCCAUCAGCCAUAUAGGGAUAUCUCUUCUUCCCUUUUUUCUCUUAUGAUCCGUCAGCAUAUUUCCGGCCCGGCCGUUCACCUGAACAUCGGUGCAAAACAUAUUCGCAAACUCCGUGAGCGCCUCAUCAAGAUAUACAGCCACCACACGGGGCAGUCUAUUGAGCGAAUCGAGCAGUGCAUGGAGCAUGACACGUACAUGUCCCCUUAUGAGGCCAAGGAAUUUGGAUUAGUCGAUGAGGUAAUUGUGCCCCGAGGUUUGGCACUCCUUACUGAUCAAGGUUCCUCUAACGAAGGAACUAAAAGCGGUAAUGAUGAUGGACAUGCGAGCAAGGAGCAUAAAUUAUGGUUCUAGCAUAUGACUAGGCACUUUUCCUCUUGUUCUCACGGGCUUACUCGGCGAGAUAUUGAAAAGCUUGAAGAACUGGAGCGAGAGAUUAAAAAGAUCAAAGAAAAAAAUUGAUAAAGCUGGAAAUUUUGGAAUUUUAAUAGAAUCGAAACCCAUAUGUGAAAUUGACUUUGACUUGCCCGGAGUUGUAAUUGGCCCUAAACCCAUAUGUAAAAUUGAC